AUGGAUUUGAAUGAACUACCCCCUGAUGUUGACUUUGAUUUCAUUUUUGGAGCUAACAUAGAUACGUCUACAAACAAUCCAACCUUUUGCACUCAGGUGGAUCCUGUGGAGCAGCAAUGUGCUCCGAGCGUUUCAGAGGUGGAUCCUGUUGACCAGCAAGAUGCUCCUAGCGUUUCAGAGGUUAGGUUGUCAUUAGAAGAGACACACUUAGAAGAAAUUCAGCAAGUUGUUCAUAACACAGAAUUGGCUGGUGGUCAAUCUGGUACGGAAGGUCUUUUUUCAGAAGCUGUUGAGGCAGAAGUGUGGUCUACACCUCAAGGGCCACACGAUGGAAUGACAUUCAGCACUCUAUUAGAAGCAAAAGAGUACUACAAUUCAUAUGCUAAAAGAAUUGGCUUCUCAAUCAGGACCAACACAUCACGCAGAUCAGCAUUUACAAAAGAGGUAGAAAAGGUGCAAUUUGUUUGCAACAAAGAAGGUAAAGGGAAGAAAAGUAAAUCUGAAGAACAAAUUGAUGAGCUUAUAUAUGAUUCUGAUGAUGAUUCUAAUUCUGAUCAAGAGGGGGGUGCUGAGAUGCCAGUAGAAGGAGAAGAAGACAGGAAGCAUAACAAAAAUAGUGCUGGCAUCAAAAGGAAGAGGGAAAAAAUGAAGUGUACACAAUGCAAAGCAAGAAUGGUUGUAAAACUCAUUGGUGCUAGGUGGCAUGUGAUUUAUUUCAUAUCUGAGCACAAUCAUGCACUCAUUACCAAGCCUUCACUGACAAAAUUCCUUAGGUCACAUAAAAAAAUUCCUAAAGAAGAUAAAGCCUUUAUCUCUUUGUUGCAUGGCUGCAACUUAAAAACUAGGCGUGUUAUGCAGCUAAUGUCUGAAUUCUAUGGAUCUAGGCAACUAGUACCAUAUGAAGAUAAAGAUGUGCACAACUUCCGCUCAACACUUCGUACAACUGAAAAGUAUAAAGAUAUGCAAGAAACGCUGGAGUAUUUUGAAGAAUUGAAGCAACAUGACCCAAAAAUUUUUUACAAGUUUAAGUUGGAUGAUGAUUACAGGCUUCGGAACCUAUUCUGGAUAGAUGGUGCAGCAAGGAGGGCGUAUGAAACAUAUCAUGACUGUGUGUCUUUUGAUACAACUUAUAUGACAAACAUGUAUGAUAUGCCCUUUGCACCCUUCAUUGGGAUAAACAGACAUGGUCAAUCAUUCCAGCUAGGUUGUGCGUUCCUAAGAGAUGAAAAGACACCAAGUUUUGUCUGGCUUUUUCAAACAUUCUUGGAAGCGAUGAAAGAGAAAGUUCCGUUGAAUAUUAUUACUGAUCAAGAUGGUGCUAUGAGAAGUGCAAUUGAACAUGUGUUCCCACUUGCAAAUCAUAGGAACUGUCGAUGGCACAUAAUGAAUAAAGCAGCGGGUACUGUAGGUCCUUUACUUAAGGAAGAUAAAGAGUUGGAGGACGAAUUCAAGGACUGUAUAAACUACAGUGUCAUGCCAGAAGAGUUUGAGGCAAAGUGGCAAGCUAUGAUUCAAAAGCAUGGCUUGCAGGACAACAAGCAUUUUGGGCAUUUGUAUAGCAUCCGACAGAGUUUUGUGCCAGCGUACUAUAUGCAUUGCUUCUUCCCGUUCCUCCAAUCGACGCAAAGAAGUGAAGGUUUUAACGCAGUGUUGAAGUUGUAUGUCAGCCCAAACUUAUCAAUACUGGACUUUGUCAAGCAAUACCAGAAGAUUCAAGAUAAGUGUCUUGUUGCUCAAGAUGGGCAGGACUUCAGAACCGAUGAUAAGACUCGAAACACGUGGUCGAAGAACCCUAUUGAGAAGCAUGCCUCAACUGUGUAUACGAAGAACAUAUUCUACAGAUUCUCAAAAGAAUUUGAAAAGAUCGAAGAGUAUUUUGUGCAGCAUAUAGGUGACUACCAGUUCCGGCUUGUGCCAAAUGACAAGUUUGUUGAUGGCUAUGGCACUAGGUCAUAUAAUGUGAUAGCAGUAGAAGAAGAAGAAAGCUACUAUUGCGAGUGCAGCAAGUUUGAUAGGGAUGGCAUAAUUUGCUGUCACAUCAUCAAGGUUAUGAGCAGAUUUGGUGUCAAGAAGCUGCCUGACCGAUACAUAAUGGAAAGGUGGAAGCAACAGGAAAUGACUGUUGGCACAAAUGCUAAUGCAAAUCUUCAAGCUGAUGUUGGAACUAGUGGUAUGCCUUUGCUGAACCAAAAGACAAUAAGAUUCAACAAUCUUGCCUCCACGCUCACAAAGUUUGCUCGCGAGGGAUCAAACUCAGAAGAUGCUUAUGAAAUUGUUACAAGGCACAUUGGAAUGAUGCGAUCUGAACUUGAAGAUCUAAAGAAGAAGAAGAAGAAAAGGACACGGUGUAAUGAGAUAUCAGCUAAUACUGCUGCUGGUGCUCUCAAUAAUCCCAGCACUCCUCAUGCUACAAAUGCACAUAUGAGUGCACCUUCUGCACCUUUAACUACUGCAACUUCAGUUGCUGCAUCCACAACUGCUAUGUCUAGUCAUACUGGACUUGGGACUAUUGGAACAAAUCUACAGGAUCCUACCAUUCCUAGUAAUUCAGGAAAAGUAAAGAAUCCUCCAAGAUCAGUUGUCAAAGGGAGAAAAAAGUCGAAAAGGCUAUCUAAUGGAAUGAAUGCACAACCAAAGAGGAGGAACCAAUGCAGCAUUUGCCACUCUGAUAAGCACACAGCUCCCAAGUGUCCGAACAAAAUAGAAAAAAGAGUUCCAAAUGCAGAAAUGCAGCUAUUCACAUAG